ACGAAAACUUAGUAAACUUAAAACUAAACGUUCAUAUAAAUUAUCUCAUAGAUAAUGUAAUAAAUUUAUUCACUUUAUUAAAAUAUAUGACUUUUUAUUAGACAUCAAACAUUUAUAACUUAAUGACGUCAUAUAAUUAUAUAUAAAAAUGAAUCUAGUUAUUGAUUUUCACGGUUACAAAAUUUCAGAGUAUGAAAAUGUGUUGAAAGAAUUGGCAAUAGUAAGUUUAGAAACCGAUGGUAAUGAUAUGAUUAUUGAUGAGCAUUACUUAUUUAAACCGGCAUUAGAAUGGGAAAAUUUAUCGAAAGAUUAUCAAGAAAUAUAUGCGAUGUUAUUUAAAGUACACGGAAUUUCAUGGAAGAAAGGUUUGUUAAAUUAUGAGUCACAGAAAUCAAUUUUGAUUGAAAAUUUAAAGAAAGCUGCUUAUGUGUAUUUAUUUAAUUUAAAUUCCAAAGAAUUUUUGAACGAAAUAGUCGACAAUAUCGAAGAAUAUAAAAUUAUUUAUUUAGAUGAUUUAGAUUAUUACGAACAUGAAGAUGAAUUUCAAACAAAAUGUAAAUAUCAUAAAAAUAAAAAUAAAAAUAAUUGUGCACGCGAUAAUGUACUUAAAAUGAGAGAUUGGAUUUUGUCAAACAGAUGCUUGGUCAAAAAUAACAAUACUAAUAAUCAGCCUCACUGUCGUUGUUGAAA